ACAUUCCGAUACAUUUCGAUAGUUUCACACAACAGCGCAUGCUUGAGUUCCGUUUCGGGGUGGUUGUUUUACUGUUCUUAUCGACAUAUCCGUUUAUUAUCAUGGUAAUGUAAAAUAACAUAAGUUCAAACAUUACCAAUCUGAUGUUGGGUGGAUCGAUCUAUAAUUGUCUCCCGUUUUCCAAUAACGAUGACAAUUUUCCAGUGCAUUAUAGUACGUGAACUGAACUAGGUCAUUGAGUCGGAGUUCUGUCUAAAUUUCCGAGCGAUGGCAUGUCCCUUUGCAAGGCACGCUCCUCCGGAAACGUUUCAGCGCCAGCCAUCGAUUGCGGAUGGUCAAGGAUGGAACCUGGACGAGGAUCUUAGUGAGAUUCCUGAUGAUGCUCUAACUUUAACUCAUCUGAAUGCUGCUAUACAGCUGCUAACGGCCCCAAGCAAUGAGGACGUGUAUGAAGCUUUGAUGUCAUUGAUAUCGAAGUACAGCAACAAGUGGCCGGGACUUGUAAAACUGAAAACAGACCGAAAUUCCUUAUCCGUUUAUCCUCACUAUGACUACUUGGCAGAUGUUCAUGAUAAUUUGAAGAAAAUGGAUGAAUCCUCGGCAUGCAAAAUCUUGGUUCUGCUCGGCGAAGAACUGAUCCACACUUCGUGCGUGGGCCUGAUCGAGCGUGCCUACAAAUGCCUCGGUUCCAACUUGCAGGAAUUCCUCGGAUCGCUGGACGGAGUGUACGAUGUCCUGAAGUUGCAGGAAGAUGACGUUUCCGAUACGGGAUUCGUGUGUGCCGGUGAAGGUGAGCUGAUCUUCACCUCCGAGCGUCCGGUGGUAGCUUGGUUAUUGCUGGGAUGUCUGCAAGCUUUGAGUCGUUUACUUUUCCGCCACGAUCCGCAGAUCGACAUGGAACCUGUGGACGGUGACGUAACGCGUUACCGUUAUCUGUUCAAAAUGGACGACCUGGAGGAGCAGAUCGUUCCGAUGGUAGCCGAAAGCAAAGCAGCGGGAAAGUUGCGCGAGAGUGUUUCGUCGGACGCGAAGGAUUUGAAAAUGGAUAAUGAUUUUUUCUGCAAAGCAUUUCCAUGGCAUUUUAUUAUGGACGAAAAUUUGAAUCUAGUGCAAGUGGGUCAAGGAUUCAGCCGCUUGUUUAAAAACUAUAUGGCUACAAGUGGUUUAUCCGCGAGUACGUACUUUCGGUUCAAACGUCCUCGAGGAUUGUCUUUGAAAUUUCGUGAGAUUGUCCGUCGCACGAAUACUCCUUUCAUGAUAUCGCUGCGUGCACCACCCGGUCGUCCAGAUUUUUUCGCCAAAGGGCUAGAAAUAAAAGGACAGAUGGUGUUCUGCCCAGAAUCAAACUCGCUGUUGUUUAUGGGAUCACCUUUCUUGGAUGGAUUAGAAGGACUUACUUGCAACGGCCUGUUCAUUUCGGAUAUCCCAUUGCAUGAUGCUACAAGAGAAGUCAUUCUUGUUGGUGAACAGGCACGAGCUCAGGACGGUCUUCGUCGUCGAAUGGAUAAACUGAAGAGUUCGAUCGAGGAGGCAAAUGCUGCUGUUACAAAAGAACGGAAAAAGAAUGUUAAUCUGUUACAGUUAAUGUUCCCAGCGGAGAUUGCUGAGAAGCUUUGGUUGGGAUCCCAGAUCGAUGCAAAAACCUAUCCUGAUGUCACUAUGCUCUUCAGCGAUAUUGUUGGUUUCACAAGCAUUUGUUCGAGAGCUACACCAUUUAUGGUGAUCAGUAUGUUGGAAAGUUUGUACAAACAUUUCGACGAAUUGUGCGGGUUUUUCGAUGUCUAUAAGGUUGAAACAAUUGGAGAUGCUUACUGUGUGGCCAGUGGUUUACAUAGAGCCGGAAUCUACGAUGCUCAUAAGGUAGCUUGGAUGGCACUCAGAAUGAUCGAGACUUGUUCACUGUAUAAUACGCACGAUGGUCAACAUAUUAGGAUGCGUAUUGGAUUACACACCGGUACGGUGUUGGCUGGGGUUGUGGGGCGCAAAAUGCCACGAUACUGUUUGUUCGGUCACAACGUAACGAUUGCCAACAAGUUCGAAUCGGGCAGUGAGGCCUGUAAGGUUAAUAUCAGUCCGACGACGAAGCAGUGGCUGACCAAACACCCGGGCUAUGAAUUUCAGCUUAACCCACGGGAUCCAUCGUGUAUGCCGAAAGAGUUCACGGAGUCCAAGGGUCUCACCUGUUACUUCCUCGAAGGGUACCGACAUCCAACGGUGGGUGAUGAUGCAACACUCCAAGAACACAUUGAAGCGGCUAUGAAGCAAUCUCUACUGGAUAGCAAUGAGGUACUAAUAGUGGAAGAGUAGUACACGUAGGAUCAUUUUAAUCCCGAAGAGCCAAAAUAACAAGUGUAGUGGAUCAAAUUGAAUAAAUGUUUCUUAAAUGUAACAUUCAAAUAUGAAUAAAAUUAUUGAAAACAAAA